AUGGCCACAGCAGACCCGGAGGCGUUCACCCUCCUCUCUCUGGGUCUAGUCUUCAUUAUUAUCCGAGUCUACGUGAGAUGGACGGCGGUCGGCCCUGCCAACUUCCAGGUGGAUGAUUACUUGAUGCCCUUGGCUGGGCUAGCGUACACUGCCGAAACAGUAGCGGCGUACCUGGUUGGGGCCAUGUUCGGUGGACUCACGAAUAGCUAUAUGACUCCCGAAGAACGUGCUGCGCUUGAUCCAAACUCGCGCGAGUAUUACGAUAGGCAAUGGGGCUCGAAAAUCCAGGUGAUCGGGUGGUCAUUCUAUGCAUGCAUUUUGUGGUUGGUGAAGGCCUGUGUGGCCGUGUUCUAUUCCCGGCUGACCACUGGGCUUCAACACUUACCCGGUCGAGUGCGGUUCGCAUACGUCCUCCUCGGAGUGACCUAUCUUGCUGUGGCAUUGUCCAUCUUGCUCGGAUGCCAACCGAUGCAUAAGUACUGGCAGAUUAACCCAGAUCCUGGGAAUAUUUGUCAACCCACCAGGUCAACGCUCUAUGUCCUCAUUGUGGUCAUUCCAAAUGUAUUGACCGACCUGUACCUGAUGUCUAUUCCGCUGCCAUUGUUAUGGAAAGUCAACAUUGGUAUUAGGAGAAAGAUUACCCUAAUGGCUUUGUUCAGUGGCGCCGCCUUCGUGAUCAUGGCCGCUAUCAUCCGUGCCGUAACCAUCAUGACAUCCGGACCCGAAGGCGCAGUCUCAGGCAGUAAAUGGGCUUGUCGCGAAACAUUCGUCGCCAUCGUUGUCGCCAACCUCCCAAUCAUCCAACCCCUUAUCCGCCGCGGCGCCCAGAAAGUCGGUCUCAGCGCCCUCUUCAGUUCCAGCGGCGGACCUUCCAGCUACGGCCGACACCGCACCCAGUCCUUUCCACUAUCGAGUCGAAAUCAACCAUCUAAACGCUCGCGACACCCGCUUUCGAUUCCGAAUAACACGACGGCAUGGGGCAGCGACGAGCAUAUUUUAGUGGAGGGGUCAGGCAAGGGGUCAGGCAAAGCGAAUGACAUCACAGUCACACAAGAGAUGAUUAUCGAGAGUGAGCCGCGUCGUACUGGCCAUCAUCCGGAUGAGGCCCUUCCAUCGCCUAAUGCGUGGGAUUCGAAUAGGGGGCGGGCUCUCUGA